AGAAAAUUCAAUCAGUUCUGUUACAGUUUUCAGCUGUAAAACAUAACUUCUGAGAUCUAGAGGGUUACCAAAGUGUAUCUACAAGUUAAUAAAUAUCUGCUUCUUCGUUGAGCCUAAAGCAUUUCAAAGUAAAAAAUAAUAAAAUUUCAAUUGCAAUCGCGAAAAACGUGUGAUCGUUAAUGUUUCAAAAUUUGUUUGUUUAAUUGAGCGCAUUAUAUUUCCGCCAAUUGUUUGCCGUGCAAAAGACGUAAUCUGUAAUGUCCACUUUUUACUGUUGCAAGGCAAUCGAACGUGUCGUAUAUCGUGUGACUAAGUGUCAACAGGAACAACAACAAAAAAAUCUAAUACUCUUAAAAAAAUUGUAACACAUACAAGAAAAAAGUGUGAAUCACAAGACCAACCUCGAGAGACUUACGAGAAACCCCAGCAAGAUCGGCCAACGAGUUUAAUGAAAUCAUAAAACAAUCAAACAGCCAGCAAAAAAAAAAAAACAAAAACUUUGUCAAAAACCUGCGCUAAUUUCAACGAAUUGGAAUUGAGAUAAUCCAGAGCCAUAAAUUGAUUUCCACUAAAGCUUUCCACACCAAAGCACACACUCACGGAUCAGUUAUCCUGAAUUUUUUGUGAAAAAGCGACAUAACGAGUCCCAUCAACGGAUCCACAGCGUGCACAGGAACGGCAGCAAAAUUUCGUUAACAGCGCGAAUAUACUUUGCCAAAACGGAGUCCAUUCGGGGACCUAUGUCAUCGCAAAGCUAUUUAUUGUUAUUACUGAAAAUCAAUUCAAAUCAACAAUCAAGAACUCAACAUAAUCUAGAGGUGAUAAAUUCAUUCAUAACAUAACACGAGCACAGUUAAUUUCGGAGUUUCGCAAGAUCAAAUAUUAAGAAAAGUGUGAACACGUACAAAUUAGCUGCUGACCGACAUUUGCCUGAGUGCCUGCCUACCUGACUGUCUGUCUGCCGAAUACAAAAGAGGAGAAAGAAAAGAAAAGCGAUAUAAAGAGUGUGAGAGAAACCAAAUUUUUUGGUGCAAACAAAAGCGAAAAAAGAGUUUUAUCCUGAACGCAACGAGUGAAAUCAUCCUUGAAGAAAAUUUUUUGAAUUCUGCAAUCAUUCACCGAAGGAAAAAGAAAAAACUUAAUACAAUGAAUAUACACAUGUUAUUAAUAGCACAGCUUGUGCUUUUUGCUGCCUGUAUUCAGAGCAGAGCCAUUGAUGAUGUUGACAAUUCCAUUGAGAAUGUUGGUGGUGGCGCUGGUGGUGAAACACAAGUGCACCAACAACGCACACCUUUCGAACAGGAUUGGAUUAAAUUUGCCAAGAAACCACCAACAAAACUGCUGCAAACCCUAGGCCAGCCCGUUGAAAUCGUCUGCGAAGUGAUGGGCUCACAAGUGCCCACCAUACAAUGGGUUGUGGGACAUUUGCCUCUGUCUGAGAUCGACAGUGUUGAAUCCAAUGUCAUAUCUGAAUCGUCGACAAGCGCCAUUGUGCGCGUUCGUUCCGUGCAUAUCAUCGAUCAUAUGCUAAGUGAGGCGCGCACUUACACUUGCGUCGGUCGUACCGGUGGCAAGACCAUUUACAGCUCAACAAUCGUCUAUCCGCAACCGGAUAUGAAAGAAUUAGUGCAAGUGCGUGAUAAACCAUUCCCUGGCCCACAAAAACCACGCAUUGUUUACAAUGAAAAGCUCCAUUUGGAUUUGGUCGAUUCGAAUAUUGUCUUGCCUUGUAAGGUGCAUGCUCGCCCACGUGCUGAGGUCUUCUGGAUGAAUGGCGAGGGCAAAUUGAUUGAACAAAAUCAUCGUUUCAAAAUUCUACCCUCUGGCGAUUUGUUGAUCUCGAAUAUCAAAUGGGAAGAUAUGGGCGCUUACAGGUGUAUAGCACGCAAUGCCAUGGGCAAGGAUACUGCGGACACAUUUGUCUAUCCAGUACUUAAAGAAGACAAAUAAGCCAGUUGUGAAAAUGUAAAAAAAGGUCUCCCCUACGCCCACCAUACACACACACAACAACCGCAAAUACACUUUACGAGGCAGAGUUGUACGUAUGUAAAUGAAUGCACGCGAUAAAAAAACAAAAACGGUUCCUAAAGUGAAAUAUGAUACCAUUGUAUUGUACGUUCUAUUAUAGUUAUUUUAAAUGCCUGCAAAAGGUGCUACCCCAUAUUGCGUAUGCUUAUUAAAA